AGCGUGCUUUGCGCUCGCGAGUGUAGAGAGAGAAAAUCCUCACUGUUCAUUCCCUUCUUCAUCUUCUUCUCCUUCUUCAUAUACGGAAAGGCGUGAACUUUCCCUUCCAAACGCACAAAAGCCGCUAUUGCUAUUCUCUCUCUUAUCUCCCAGCUUUGAAUGGCGACUCGGGCUCACUGAGAACACCGCCGCUCCAAAAGUCGUCGUCUUCGUCUUUUUCUCGAAUCGCCGGAGUUUUCAUUUCCCGUACGGAACUGCGGAGAAGUUUGGAGUUUUGAAAGUUGCGGAGGAAAAUAUGGAGUGGCCUACUUAUUUGGAUGAGUAUGAAAAGCUCGUUAUUCGCAUGAAUACUCCUAGGGUCAUGAUCGACAAUGCCGGUUGCACCACCGCCACCCGCGUUAUGAUUGAUAGUGCGAGAAAGCACGGAAUUCUUCUGGAAGCUGUUCAGGUUCUCACGGAUCUGAAUCUGUCAAUCAAGAAAGCCUACGUCUCCUCCGAUGGUCGGUGGUUCAUGGACGUGUUUCAUGUUACGGAUUUGAAUGGGAACAAAUUAACUGACGAGAGUGUCAUUAAAUACAUCGAACAGUCUCUGGAGACAAUUCAUCACUCGAGUUCAAAAUGUUUUGAUGGGUUGACGGCGUUGGAGUUAACAGGGACCGAUAGAAUCGGAUUGUUGUCGGAGGUUUUUGCCGUGCUGUCUGAUUUGCAGUGCAAUGUGGUGGAGUCUAAGGUGUGGACUCACAAUGGCAGAAUCGCGUCUCUGAUAUACCUUAAAGACUGCGAGUCGGGGUCCCCCAUCGAGGAUUCUCAGAAGAUAGACAGGAUCGAGGCGCGGUUAAGGAAUGUUUUGAAGGGAGACAACGAUAUCCGGAGUGCUAGGACGUGCAUUUCCAUGGCGGAUACGCACACGGAGAGGAGGCUUCACCAGAUGAUGUUUGCAGACCGCGAUUACGAGAGGAAUAAGGUGGUCGUCCCCGUGGUCUCGGUUUUGAAUUGCUUGGAGAAAGGCUAUUCUGUUGUGAACAUCCAGUGCAAGGACAGAACCAAGCUUCUGUUCGAUGUCGUCUGCACGUUCACGGACAUGCAGUAUGUCGUGUUCCACGCCACGGUGAACACAGCCGGCGACAGAGCAUACUUGGAGUUCUUCAUUAGACACACCGAUGGCACCCCGAUUAGCUCAGAUGCUGAGAAACAACGUGUGAUUCUUUGCCUACAAGCUGCUAUAGAACGAAGAGCAUCCGAGGGCACGAGGCUUGAGCUAUGCACAAGCGACAGACAAGGGCUGUUGGCGGAUGUAACACGAACGUUCAGGGAAAACGGGGUGAACGUGACAAGAGCCGAGAUAUCAACGAUGGGAGAAACCGCAACAAACGUGUUCUACGUGACAGAUGCUAGUGGGAGUCCAGCAGAUCCAAAGAUGAUCGAGGCAGUUCGACAAAAAGUCGGUUUGGGUGUCUUGAAAGUGAAGGAACUGCCGACGACCAAUCAGCAGAAGGCCGAGGCGGAGAAGGAACAACCCGAGAUGGGUGUUGGUGGCGCCAUGCUACUCUCGCUCGGGAGCAUCGUCAGGAGGAAUCUCUACAACCUGGGAUUAAUCAAAUCGUGUUCUUGAAUUCACGACGAACAACAACAACAAACGACCUCAAGUCCCCUAGGCAUUGUUGUACAUAGAUAGGAGGAGUAGGAAAAAAAAAAUUGGGGUUUGGUUAAUAGCAGUUGUUACAGUGGGUGGUAGGACAGGUAGACCGGCAACAGGGUAGGUGGGUGAGAUUGUGGGGCCCUCCCACGCCCCCCCAUUACAAUAGCUGUGAAAUUUGCGGGGAUGGGAAGAUAGAAAUAGUAAAAAAAACACGAGGAAGUGGGUGAACCAGAUUUGGUUUACAGAUUUAUUGCGACAUGGAGGACAGGCUGGCGGUGAUACAGCAAAGAAUAUUGAUUUGUACAUAGCCACUUUUAUCUCAAAUUUAAUGUUUUGACUUUAUUCUUAUACAAUUUUAACUGUCAUGUUCUUCCUCU